GAGCCACACAUUCACCCGCCCAUCAAUUAACAAGGGAUGCCCGUCAGCGUUAGGGCAACGGUAUGGUAUCAUAACUAUAUCUCUUAUGACACUUCCACUCCCCCACAUACUGUAGCCAAACAGAUAUCCGUUGACCGGACAAGGAAAACCUACAUACAACUGCGGAGAGAUAUUGGGUGCUGGGAUAAGGGAAGAAAGAAAAAAAAAAAGUGACAUGGACCAUACCCCCUCACUCAUUCAUUCAUUCAACCCAUUCAAACCCCCUCUCCGGGCAUGUCUUCCCCUCCCCCCCUCCCUCGGCUCUUCCACUUCUUCCCUCGCCUCUCUUUUCUCGGUUGCUGGUCACUCAAGGACACGAGACUGUUCGUAUCAAUCAAUCAUUGAGUGUAUGAGUGGGGAGAAUGAGGGGAAUGGUAAGAGGUAAUCUGCGGGGACGAGCGCAGAAAAAAACACACAAGGCCCUUUUUGAGAGGGAUGGGAAAAGUGAAGUAAAAGAAAUAAAAGGGAAAGAGACUGCGGACUGGAGAGUGCGACAGCACGCCACCCCGGAUACCUUCCAGGAAAUAGCGAGUCAACACGCCGGUGUGCUGGACCAGUGCUGCUUCAAUCUUCGUCCACUCAACUCACUUUUCUUAAUCAUUCUCCAUUCUAUCUUUCCACCUACCUCAUCCAUUCCUCUUUGUAGAGCACCAUAUCUCCCUCCCUCCACCCCCCCCCCCCUUCGUACUGUGCCUCCUUCACCCAGCUCAUCCACUCAGUAUAUGUAGGCCAGGUAGCCAAUAUCCUAUCCAUGCUUCUGCCCCGUCUCGACCUGCUAACUUCCUCCUCCUCUUCCUUUCCCUGUUUGUCCUACCUCUCUCUUCCUACUUCCUUCCACUCCACUUCCUUAUCUUCCCAUUACCUGUCCUCGUUUACCUCCACUCACGCCCACCAAAUAACUAUUAGUAGACAUUGCCGACCUCAAUACCACAACCCCCUCCCUCCUCCUCCCUCCUAACCCUUCACCUCCUCAACCACCCCCUCUGUCCCUUCGGCCCAUCCUCUAACCUUCCAAAGCCCAUCAUGAUGAAUCACCCGUCGUCGUCAUCACCCGCCCAAAGUUACAAUGUUCCCUCAAGUAUGAGAAGCGCCCACAUGUACGCAGGUGGCAUGCCUCUCGUCAACGGUGUCAAUGGGCAACUCCAGAAUAUGCAGAUUUCCCCCCUUGCCGCCCAGCAGGCCAUGUCGGCCGGAGGAUUGAUCGGAGACCCAAACAACAACCCAAUACUCGACGCUUCCGUGAUCAUGUCUAUGGGGAUGGCCGGAGAGGACGGAAUGCCACUGGACCCCCAGCUUUGUACUGGUGGCGAUCAAUUCGGCCCCCUGUCCGUGACUGCCCCUCCGACAUCCAUGAUGACUGAGUACGGGAACCUCGGCGGUGGCAGCACGCUGACCGAAUUCACGAAGCGGAGGAAUUGGUCACAGCGCAUUCUCGAAGAGCUGCAGGACUUUCUACACAUUCUCUCGCCGACCGGCAAAAUGGUCUACGCUUCACCCUCUUCCAAAGCGCUUACCGGCUUCGGCCCGGAGGAGCUGUUGGGGAAAUUCAUCACCGAGUUCAUUCAUCCGGAUGAUUCGGGCUUGUAAGUCUUAGGCGUUGCCCUCGCUACGAGCAGAGUGAGGUCGGCUAUGAUACUAACCGUAAGGUAAGGUUCGUUCGCGAGUUUAAUAGCUCCAUCGCUACCGGCCAACCGUUACGAUUGUUCUACAGAUUUCAGAAGAACGACGGAACGUGGGCGAUAUUCGAAACGAACGGACAUCCGCACAUCGGCGAAGCGCCUCAGUACAGCCCUUCCUCGCUUCAAUCGGUAUGCAAAGGCUUCUUCAUGAUGUCGAGACCUUACCCGACGCGGAAUGCGGCUUUGUUGGAUUCUUUCCUCGAGCACAAGAUCGAGAACGAACGACUGCUGAAACGAAUUAGCGAGCUAAGAAAGGAGGAAUUCGAGGAUCAUCAGCAGCAGCAAAGGCAAAGGCAACAACACCACGCCACCGUUUCCCGGGCAGAUAGUGGAACAGCUGGCAGCAGCAUGGCUUCUAAUGUAGGCAACGAUAACCCCAUGGCCACGACGCCUAACUCGUCUGACCCUAUGCCCCCGCCUGCGAAACCCCCGCAGUCAAAUACAGCCCUGACCCGGCAAAACCUGGACCGUAUGGAGGCCACGAACCAUGCAAAAGCUGACAGUAUUCGCGAUAAGAUGGCUAGGUUCGAGGGUGAUACUCCUAUGGAUACGAUCGAGAUGUUGACAGGGCUACGAUACCGGGAGGGAGAGCGGUCGAAGGGUAUAAGCACGGGUGACACAUCGCCAGCACUCAUUCGCGGAGACGCCGGAGUGCCCAUUCCCAUCGAUAAAGAGAGUCGCCAUACAUCGGAGAAGAAGAAGAAGCAGAAGAUCGCAGAUGAAUACGUGUGCACGGACUGCGGUACCCUGGAUAGUCCUGAAUGGAGAAAGGGCCCCAAGGGUCCGAAGACCCUUUGCAAUGCAUGUGGUUUGAGAUGGGCAAAGUUCGUAACCCUAUGCUGAUGCAACUCCCCUCAUACGACGUAAAUCUGACGCGCGCCAUAGGAAAGAGAAGAAGCGAAACGCUGGCUCCGUAUCAUUGCCAGCGGGAUCCACAGGUUCGCUGGUGGGCUGAAGGAUCCCCACCGGCUUUUGUCUUAUCAUGUCCAUUUAUUCAACCUGUAACCAUUUUCAGCCCCUAAGCAUCCCUCCUCCUCCUCCUCUUCCAUUUCCAUUCCACCAUAUCCCAUUAUACCUUCUCCUUCAUCUUCACCUCUUUCCUCACCUUUUUUCUUUUUUUCUUUUUUCUUUUUACUUUCUCAAGUUCUCACCCCAUUCGUCCCCACUACAUUGCAGAACGGCGGGGCAUCGUGUUCUCGGGAGCAAGUUUUCAGGAGUUUACGGGCGGCAAGCAUCAUACGGAAGGCACAAAGUUUGAGGCGCAAUUCGUUGUUACUAAUAUAUUUCGGUUGGGUCCAUCAAUGAGUUGCAAUCUUUUUUACCACGAGCGGGGAUGUGUGCACGGAGUGCGUGUGAAGUACGUGUUGCAGAUGUAGACGAGGACGCGGGUGCGGGUGCGGGCGUGUGAGUUGUCUAUGGUGCCCAACCGGUGCCUUGAUGUCGUAGGACACAAGUAUGAUGUCGUAUCAUAGGUCACCGUAGUAGCCAAGAUCAGUGUUUAUGAAUGGUGCAGUACUCGAGUAUUAUGGUGACGAAAUGCCAUGUGUUAGGAUACAGUACGGUAUGAUACUCU